UUGAUGAUCAUCCCGCUCGCCACUAUCUUAUCAUAUCUAAACUUCACCUCACUUUCACACACUCUGCCAUAUUUCUCUCUUAUGGAGUCCCUCUCUAUCAUCCUCUCAUCAUCCCCAAUUCCCCCAAAUCAAAACCCUAAAUUUCCCAAAUUUAAAACCACCAAAAACCUCAAAUCAACCAACACCACCACCUCCCUCAAAACCCAAUCUUUAUCAUUCCUUUUCACUACUUUCCACUUCCCCCUUUCAUCAUUAGCUUCCGAAGAAUCACCCACAGCCGCCAAAAUCGAUCUAGAAUCCGUUGUGGUUUCAAUUGAUGAUUUUUUCAACCGAUACCCGUUUUUUGUAGCUGGGGUUGUGUUCGUUUGGCUGUAUGUUAUACCUGCCACUGAAGAAUACUUGAGAAAGUAUAAGUUUAUAUCCGCCAUUGAUGCUUUCAAGAAGCUUAAAGAUGACCCGGAUUGUCAGCUGCUGGAUAUCAGGGAUAGUAAGACUUUGCGGGUUCUGGGUUCGCCGAAUUUGAAGUUGUUGAAUAAGAAUGCUGUGCAGGUUGAGUUUCGACAGGGGGAUGAGGAGGGUUUUCUGAAGAGAGUGAAGGAGAGUUUUAAAGAUCCUCCUCCUGCGAAUACCACAGUUUGUAUUCUUGACAAUCUGAGGUCUCGGUUCCUCCACCGGUUUUCUGCCUUUAACCACGCCAAGGCCAAUUGUCCAGUUUUCGAUGGUGAAUCCAUGAAGGUAGCUGAGUUAUUGUUCAAAAAUGGGUUUAAAGAGGCGUAUGCUAUCAGAGGCGGGGUUAGAGGCACCAAUGGGUGGCUGGAAAUACAAGAAAGUCUUCUCCCGCCAUCUGUACACAUUACCCUCAAAAGAAAAGUAAAAAAGUCAACAGAAGCAAGGAAUAAUGGAGCAAUUGAACAACAGAGUGAGGUCAAAAGCCAGCCAGCAACCGUAGCCGAAAUCAAACAAACCGACAAUGGCUAUGCCAAUACAUCAAAGGAACCUAAGACAAGAUCAUCAUCUCCAUACCCAAUGUAUCCCGACAUGAAGCCGCCAUCUUCCCCAACCCCAUCUAAGCCUCAAUAGUGAAGCCAUGCAGACUCAUUUUGUACUCACCGAGUCAACUCAAUUUGUUUUUUUUUUUUUUUUUUUUCUAUUUAUGGACUGCGGUCCGGUUAAGAGAAACAUUGAGCUUUAUGCGAAAACCUCACUUUGGAAUGUAAUGAAUUGAGGAUGGAUAAUUGUCGUGUUCGAGUGAUUGAAGUGUGAUAGUUUAUUUUGCACA